GGGCGGGGCGGGCAGGCCUCCGCUCUGGGGCCGGCGCUGGAACCGGCGCUGGAACCGGACCCGACCCGACCCGACCCAGGAGCCGGGAGCGGGGCCCCUGGCUCCGCCUGGACUGCGGGGCGAUGGCAGAAGGGCUCAUGGAGGAGCCAGGUGAACUCUGGGCCUGUCCCAGAUGGAGCCUGGGUGACAUCUCUGCAAGAUGGCUACCAUGAUGCCCCACUGAGGAUUGUGGGGAUAAAGUGGGAGUCCUCUCCCGUCCCCUUCCCGUGGUCAGCUUCCCAAUGGCCUGGGUGAGGGCUGACCAGCUGUUCUGACAUCAUGGGAAGCUGCCUCGGUUGCCUCUACAGAGACAGUGUACCAAACAACCAUCCUACUAAAUUUAAGGUAAUAAACGUGGAUGAUGAAGGGAUGGAGCUGGGCUCUGGGGUGAUGGAGCUAACCCAGAGGGAGCUGGUGCUGCACCUCCACAGGCGGGAUGCUGUGCGGUGGCCCUACCUCUGCUUGCGGCGAUAUGGCUUCGAUUCCAACCUCUUCUCUUUUGAGAGCGGCCGACGCUGCCAGACAGGACAGGGCAUCUUUGCAUUCAAGUGCUCUCGGGCUGAGGAGCUCUUCAACCUCCUGCAGGAUCUCAUGCAGUGCAACAGCAUCAGCGUGAUGGAAGAGCCGGUCAUUGUCACCCGAAGCAGCCACUCAACCGAAAUGGGCCUGCCCCAGACCCCCCAUGCUGCCAAUGCUCUGGGCUACACUGUGUCUGGCUUUUCCAAUGGCUUCCCAAGCUUCCCUGGGGAUGGCCCACCAUACUCCACCCCUCGCCCUGCCUCUAUGAGCAGCUUGCGACACUCUUCCCUUGGAGAAGAGUCUACCCAUGCCCUUAUUGCCCCGGAGGAGCAGUCCCACACCUAUGUCAACACACCUGGAAACGAGGAAGACAGAAGGGGCCGGCGCUGCCUGCAGCCCUUGCCUGAGGGCCGGGUAGGCUUCCCCUCCAGGGCUCGAAGCUGUGUCCUAGACAGCCGAGACCCCAAGGUCUUCCUGCAGCCAGGUCAGGUGAAGUUUGUCCUGGACCCAAGCUCCACACUCCGUCAUGUGGUGAAGUGUCAGGGUUACUGUGGCAGCCCUGGGUCAGAAUGUGGGGGGCCCCUCUGCUCUGGCCAGCAGGGUGGACCAGCCCACAACAACAAUAACGAGUGCCCGGCUGAAUGUCUGGCCCAGCCCAAGUGUACAUAUGAGAACCUCACUGGGGCGGGGCUGCCUCGUGGUGGCAACUGGAGACUGAGCCAAGAGGAGCUGAGCUGGAAUGGCUUCUCGCAGCGGCGGGCAGCUCUGCUGCACUAUGAGAACCUGCCUUCACUGCCACCUGUGUGGGAGAGCCAGGCUCACCAGCCAGGAGACGAGGAAGAUGGGGACUCCAGGGAUGGGCUGACCCCUUCCUCAAAUGGCUACCCUGAUGGUGGUGAUGAGGACGAGACCCCACUCCAGAACUACAUAAAUGCUCGGGCUGCCCCCCGAAGUCACAUCAACUUCCCUGUGCCGCUGUCCCGCCGCAGGGGGUCUCCCCGCGUAUUCAACUUUGACUUCCGCCGCCCAGGCCCAGAACCACCGCGACAGCUGAACUACAUUCAGGUGGAACUGAAGGGCUGGACUGGGGACCGCCCCAAGGAACACCAGAGCCCCCCAGCUCUCCGUCCUUCAGUGCCCCCUGCCCACCCUACCCGCCGGUCAGAUUCCUAUGCUGUGAUUGACCUUAAAAAGACUGCAGCAAUGUCCAGCCUGCAAAGGGCACUGCCCCGAGAUGAUGGCACUUCUCGGAAAACCCGCCACAACAGUACUGACCUGCCGCUGUAGGGAGAGGCCCACUCAUCAUGGCCCAGAGUGUGCCUUCCCACAGUCCUCCUCUUCCUCCUCAGUCUCCAUCCAAGGAGAUUCCAGCCAUUGGCUCCUGCUCCCAGUUCCUUGAUCCAUUUUCCCUAACUCUCCCCUCUAGAGAGUUUGCUGCUGCUUUGCUGGAGGCUACUGGGGCAGGAAGCAUCAUGCCCUGAUGCAUGCUGGGGUUCACCAAGAUACUUACUACUGGGCUUGGGGUCUCCUGGAGCCAGCCUUCUGGGAGGAGGGAGCAAAGCUGUGAACUGUGAAAAGAGAUCAUUUGUGAUCACAUUUGAAGCUACUCAAUUAGGUGUCUGUCUGUCCGUCUGUCUGUUUUUUUUCUGUUGCAGUUUGGAAGCAUUUUGUACUUUGAUUUAUUUAUCAGUUUAUUUUUCUAUUUAUUGUUUUAAAUGUUAUUUAACAUAUUUAUUAAUUAUGAUGAUGAUGAUGAUUAUUUUUAAAUCCUGGCUCUGUGGAUGAUGUCCCCCUUGUGUUGGAGUUCCUUUCUGGGGAGGGGAUGGAAUUGGGAAAGUCUCUUCUCUGGUCAGGCCCGGAGGGGCCAGGCUCUUGGAGGGAGGCUGUUCCAGGAAGCCCAGGCAACUCUGGGUUAUGUCUUAAGGGCUAUGACCAUUUCUUACCCUCCUCUUGAGGGAUCCUGGCCCAGAAGUUGCCUGGAUACUUGGUCCCAUUAAAGUCUGGCUAACAGGACAGCAGCUGGGACCCUGGAUAGAGAAAGGGAAACUCCAUGUGGCUUGUGUAACCUUAUUUGUAGUUCACUGAAACAAGCAUUUAUUAAGUGCCUACUGUGUGCCAGGCAUUGUGCUCGGUACUGGGGAUACAAAGACAAAGCGGAAACAGGCCCUUCGUUUAGGGGGGAGUGGGGAGGGAGGGGAACAACAUGUAUUAAAAUAAGUCAAUGUGAAAUGUACAUAAAUGUAAUACUAAGUAAUUUGUGGAGAGCAUUAACACAUUGGGUUGGGAGCUAAGGCUUGAAGGGGGCUGUGGGUAAGGCCAAAGUAAGGUGGGGGUAGCACUGUGGGCGAGGGAGGUGCCCCUGUUUCCCUUCUGACAGCCCCACUCCUUUCUCUGAGCCUCCAUUGCUCAUACGCAGCCCUUCCUAUUUAACCAGGGUUAAAGCGGCAACAGCAGGAGGGGGUGGGCUCACAUUUGGGACCUGGGUUCAAAUACGGAUUCUGCUCUUGGCCGUGUGACAUUUCUAGCCUUUAGUUCCUCUUCUGUGAGGGAUGUGAGGAAGGGAGGAUCGAGCAGAUGACCUCUACAAUCCCAUCCAACUACAUCUCAUUUCCAGGCCAAGCAGCUGAGGGCCUGGGUGGGAAUAUCAGGAUGGUACAGCCAUCUCCCAACCCUCUUUGUGCCUCAGUUUCCCCACCAUGCCUAAACCCUGAUAAUGACAGAGUUCCUCUUUCUAGAAGGCUUUAGGCUUGACAAAGUGCUCUCCUCAUUGCAGCCUUGUGAAGGUGGCAGUGCCAGCACCACUGCUGCUGGUACAGAUGAGGCAGUGAAGGCCUAGUGAGAUGAAGUGACCUUCACAUGGCCAGGAUAGGAACUCGGGUCUCCUGACGCCAAGCCCAGUGAUGUCUCCGCCAAACCACACCGCCUCUCCCUCCAGCUGAGCUGGAGAAGCCCCAGUCAUCCUUGGUGAUGAAGAGGAAAUGGAGGAUGGAGGAACCCCAGAUACAAGCAACAAGAAUGGACAGAGGAGCUGCGCAAUCCCAGCCUGGCCUUGGUCUCUUACCCACGACAACGGCUGCUGACCUUCCUAUCUGAAAAAGGGCAGUUGAUUCCAAAUGGGAAGACUUGAUUUGGAGUGUAGGCUCUCUUGAGAGGCUGCCUGGCAUGGAAAGAGUCGGAUGGCCUGUAUUCCAAUGCUGCUUCCUGCUUGGCAUAAUGAGAAGAACAUUGGCCUUGCUAUCGGGAGACCUGGGUUCCCCGUCUUUGACAUUUAUUACCUGAGAGACCCCGAUAAAGUCACUAGACCUCAAUUUCCUCAUAUGUAAAAUAGGACAGUAUUUGCACUAUUACCUCAGUGUUGUGAGGCAAGUGCUUUGUUAACGGUUCAAAGUGCCAUAUAAAUGUGAGCCAUUAUCACUGGUGUGGUUUUGGGGAAGUUAGAGGCAGCCAGGUGGCUAAGUGGAGAGAGCACUGGACUUGGAGUCAGGGAGACCCAAGUUCAAAUCCUACCUCAGACACUUACUAGGUGGACAACUUACACCGGGCAACUCACUUAACUUCUCUCAGCCUCAGUUUCCUUGUCUGUGAAAUAAGGGGAUUGGACUCAGUGGCGUUAAAUGUCCCUAAUUCUGUGGUCCAUAAUUCUGUAAGUUCCAUCACGUCUCUGAGCCUCAGUUUCUUUAUCUGUAAAAUGAAGGAGUUGGACUAGAUUUCUAAACUCCCUUUGAGCCUUAAAUCCUAUAAAUUUAUAAGCUGUGUGUCUCUGGACAUGUUGUUUUACCUUUGAGCUUCAAUUUCCUGAUCUAUAAAAUGUGGAUAACAAUACCUGUGCUCUGGAGCCCCUGUGCAGUUGUAAGGAAGGGGAUUUGCAAACUGUAAAGGCCUAUAGAAUAGGAGUGGUGGUUGUUAUAACCAUGGCCAAUUCCCCAGAGUUCCCCUUCACCUGGCAGGGGAUGGUCCGCUCCAGCCAGCUUUCCAGUGACCUUGGGCAUUGUCUGUGACCAUCAGUGACAUACUUAGUGGGGGAUAGACACAUAACAGGAUGUGUGAGGCCCAUUAUCUGGGGGCCCAGCAUGGUUCCUGGAAUCACAUCCAUCUCCCUCCUCUUCCCCUCUCUUAGUCUACAGCCUCCUCCCAGGGUGGCCAUUCUGGGUGUGAUUUUAUUUUUAUAGGGUGGGUCACAUAUGGAAGCAUGGAUGGAUUUCAUUUCCUGACAUAACAGCAGUGAGGCCGUGAAUUAGGUUCUCUUCCUUUGGGUCAUUUCUGGGCCAUCUCAUCUCCCCCUAGCCCUAGCUCCCUUUCUACUGGGAGGGGCAGGAAUGGUGGUAGCCUCUUGCCUCAUCUUGGACCAAGAGAGGUGGGAGGGAAGGGCCCUCAAUGUGUGUCUGUCAAAGGGAAUGAUAAGCCUUGGACUGGUUGGCAGGCACGCAACCAGCAUUUAUUAAACACUUGUGAUGUGCCACCUGUGCUAGACCAUGGGGAUACAAAAAUCCUUGAGGGAACUGACAUUCUGGUAGUGGAAACACCUUGAAUAUAUAAUAAGUGAAUACAAAAUAAUUACAAGUUCAUUUAUUUUGGGAAGGUGGAAGGGCUUUAAAAACUGGAGGGAGAUGAAGGUUUUCGUGGUGAAGGUGGUACUCAAGAAAUAGCUGAGUUCACUAACAAGCCUCUUAAAAAAAAAAACUCACUUUGCCUCAGUUUCCCCACUUGUAAAAUAAGUAAUAAUCCCGGGUUUCUUCAAAUGGUGGUGUGAUGUUGUGAAGAUCAAAUGGGACAGUUUGUGAAAUUGCUUUGUACAAUGCAAAGCUCUGCAGAUGCUUUUUGGGUUUUCACCAACUGAAUACCCUUAGAGUUUCUAGGGCCCCGAAUCUUUGCUGUCCCUUCUCUGGAAAAAUGAAACAAACCUGGAUUACCCCCAAAGGCUCUUGGGUAAAUCUCUUUCCUUUCUUCAGGGUUCCUCUGAACUUUUCUGUCAGAUUGGGGUGGGGGUGGGGAGGAAGGUCUGCGACAUACUUCCCAAUAGUGCAAAUGAUGGUAUCCCCUAAGAGGGACUUGGGGAUGUAAGGAAAAGCCCUUUCCUCCACACCUCACCUAUCCACAGCAACUGUUCCCCCUUACAGAACUGAUGUAUCCUAGAGGAAAGGAGCAGGGGGCAGUGCCAGGCCUUCCUGGCCCUGGGAAGGGGCAGGACUGAAUAACACUCAUCAGGAGUGUUUGUUGCUCAUUAGUUCAGUUAUGUGGCUCCAGCCAGCAGGAGGUCCUGCAGAUAAGGUAGGGUGUGGUUUCACUAUGGAAGUAAUUUUCCCUACAUCACUACAACUACCACCAUCAUCACCAUCAUCCAUCAGUGUUUGCCGAUUGCCCAGUUCUCUCUUUAUAGAAACAGGAUGGUUGGCUGCCCUGCCUGGCCCCUGGGACAUGCCCGGAGAGAGGAAAGGAUGCAGCUUCCUGUUCAGAUCUGACCUUUCUUGUUGGACCAGGAGGGGCCCUGGUCCUGCAAGCCCACUCCUUAGCAACAAUAACACCAUAUCUUUGUAUAAACACUUGUAACUUUUCAAAGCCUUCUUCCUUAUCUUCUUCCUUGUUUCAUUUGAUACUUAAAACAAGUCUGUAAGGUAGAUAAGGUAGAUUUUAUCCAAAUUUGACAGAUGAGAAAACUGAGGCUGGAGACAUUCGUUAAGUGUCUUGGUCAUGAAGCUAAGUAUACUAUAGGCUGAGUAACUGGGUUUGGACUCCUGGACCUUUCAUCUUUAAUAUACAGACCACGGGACAGAGUCAAACAAUCUAGAUUCAGGUUCCAGCAGUGCCGUUUUCUCAUGGUAUGGGCCCAUUUUUAAUCUGUGAAGUAAGAACAAUCUAUGUGCUUGCUCCCUUACAAAGAUGUCGCCAAGAAAUUACUGUGUUGUUGUUCAUUCUUCAUUCUCCAAGAGGACCAAUGGCAUCAGGAAGGUGAUGUCUUGGCUUGCAGGUGAACUGGAUUUAAGUGAGGUAGGGCUGUGCAAAGUCAUCAGCCCCACUUU